AUGGAAGAUCGAGGCCAAAAAGUGGAAUCAAACUCCUUUUUUAUCUCAUCAAUCACAGACAUUCCCGAAUCCAAACUCUCUGUUCUUGGCUAUUAUCAGAUCCGCGCUUAUUCAUGGGAACUUAGUGGAGAACGCAGAAAAUUUGCUGAGGUGUCUUAUCAUUCCAUUUCUGAAGCCGAUAAGGCGUAUAACACCCUCAAUGGCAUUUCUAUUGAUUCUCAGCCUAUUCGUUUUCUUCUCAAACGUGCAGCGACCACUCUGUGGCUUACAGGGCUUCCAGGCAUCGUCUAUAAUCGUGAUCUGUUCACGGGGCUUCAAGAUUUGACCCCAGGUCUGAUUAAUGUCACAAUUCCUCAGAAUCCAGAGUAACCAUUACUUACUCCCCCCCCCCCCCUCCGUGAGCGAACAAAACCAUUAGAAAAAUCGCCAUUUUUUGACCAAAAACCCACCCUCCGUGAGUGAACAAAAAUUUUUUUAAUAGAAAAAAAUUUUAAUGGAAAAAAAUUUUGAUAUAUAAGUGAUAAUUAGUAUAAUGAAAUCUAGAGCUAAUUUCUGUUUAAUUUUAAACAAAUUGCGUUUUAAAACAUAAAUUUUGCAAAUUAAAUUAAUAUUUGCUUCCCAAUUUUUGCAAAUUAGGAUUUUUUUAAAUUUCGAAAAAAAAUUUUUUAUAAAAAAUUUAUAUAUAAAUUUUUUUUAAAAAAAAAAAUUAACCCCCCUCCGUGAGCGAACAAAAUUUUUUUGUUCGCUCACGGAGGGGGGGGGGAGUUAGAGUUCCUGGCAUUUCCUGUCUUGGCAUCGCCGUUCUUACCUACGACACCCACUCACACGCAGAAGAUGCUUUGGCCAUUCUUAAAAACCCUGCUCGUCUUUAUAACCAGAACUACAGAGUAUUCGUCAAUCGCGAUAUCCAAGUGAUGUGGGCUGAGCCUUUUUUCGACCUAAACUCCUACUUAGCAAAAGAAACUCGCAAUGUUUUCGUUUCGAAUUUGCCAGUUAACGCUAGCAUUCGUCUUAUAGAAGAAGAGUUAUCCUGCUUCGGACAAAUAGAACGCAUAAGAAGAUAUUCAUUUUUAAAUAAUUAAUUUUUUUUUAUUUUUUUAAAUUUUUUUUUUUUUAAUUUAUAAGGUAAAGUAUACGCAACCUUUGCCAUCGUCACCAUGAAAACAACCAGCGACGCCAAAGCCCUUAUGAAAUCUAAUGGCUUGCUCGUUGAUGGUAGGAAAUGGAAAAUUUAUCCUGCAGUCCGCAUUAAUGAAGAUCCAUAUGAGCCUGAUCUUUAUCGACAUCUCAAACAUCAAGCCCCUCGCUCUCAUCCAUCUUCGUCUAGCACAAAUGAGCCUGCUUAUGAACUCUCUGUUCUGCAACUUUCUACAGCGGAUCGUCAGCGACUAUAUGAAGUAAUUCAAGCUUCACCAGCUUUUCCUUGCAAUAGGGAGUCAUUUGUGAAAGGACUCAGUGUAGAUUUGCUGAAUAAAGCUAGAAAGUUAUUGCAGCACUCACGGAGACCUAGCGAAACUGUAGCACCUAAAGAUUAUUUGUUGACUCAUGAUAAUAAACUUGUUGCUGGCUACGAACCUAUCAAAAAGCCGAGGUAUUCUGACCCGCCUAGAUUUCCUGAAACACAAAAACGGUUGCCAGAACCAGCUGCGCCUACUCUUAUAGAGCCAAAAUCGUCAAUUAGAUAUGACCAACGGUUUGAUGCACAUGCUUCACGGUUUUCUAAUGACUCCCCAGCGAGAUUUCCUAAUGAGAUAGCUCAUUUUCAGAACGAAAGCAACCCUCCAGCUUAUUUUCCGUAUUCACAGCAGCCGAAUGUGGGAAAUCAGCAGCAUGUUGAUAGAAAUAUGGCACAAAAUCAUCCAAUUUCCCCUGAACAAAUGCAGAAUUUAACUGCUGAGCAAAAGAUGCAUUAUUUCUAUUAUCUCAAUAAUCCUGGCGCCUAUUAUAAUCAGUAUGGGCCGUAUUAG